UCAACAUUUAUAUAUUCGCGUUUUAGAAAAAUGUCGCAGUUUUUUUCACGAGUUUUUUUUUUUGUUUUAUUCGUUUAUUUAUUUUACAUAACAAGAGUCGAAAUUCUUGGAGAAAUAAAGCACUGCUUGAAGGGUAAUGGAGUUAAAGGAUUAUGCAAGUCAAUUAACGAAUGUCAAUCUUUGCAAAAUAUACUAAAACAGAGUAUUCAGCAGGACAAUUAUAUAAUAAGCUCGUUGGAAUGUCCAGUAGGUGUUGGCAGUCCGCCGUUCGUUUGUUGUACUGAAAUUUCGCCACAUAUAUCUACGAUACUUAAUCAUAAUGAUCGUGUAAUAUUCCCCAGCGAUAAAAUUAUUUUUCCUACCAAAACGGAAGCGAUAAGAAAAUUUCCGCAGAAUAUUAAAACAGCAACAAAUGGAAUCGUUAAAGACGGUUCAAUUAUUCCAUAUCCGCCUUAUUGCGGUAGUGUCACGCUUGCCAAUAAAAUUUUUGGUGGAGUUGAAGCAGAACUAACGGAAUUUUCGUGGAUGGUCAAUUUAGAAUAUCAGACAACAAACGGUGCUCUUGUUUCGGUUUGUUCCGGUUCAAUUAUAAAUAACUAUUACAUCAUAACAGCAGCACACUGUAUUAAAGGUAAAAUUGAGACGAAAGUAGGUCAUAUAGUUUCUAUUCGAUUAGGGGACCACAAUAUUAAAACUCAUAUAGACUGUUCCAAUUCUUCCUGCAUUCCACCUUUUGAACGUGUUGGUAUAGAAUCUAUAGUUGUACACGAGCAGUAUGGAAGUGACCAACAUCUGCGAAUUCAUAAUCACCAUGAUAUCGCUCUCAUUCGAGUUGAUAGAGUUAUUAAUUUUACUGAUUCCAUACAACCAGUUUGUUUGCCUUAUAUCGAGGUAGAUAAUGUUCCUUUACAACACGGCAUGAAGUUAGUUACAGCGGGAUGGGGACAUAAUGGCACAGUUAAACAAACAGAUGUGAAGCACAAAGUAACUGUUCCUUUCGUGAACCGGGAAAGUUGUCAAAGCCUGUAUGCGAAAAAGCAUCUUAUAGCAGAAGAGCAGAUAUGCGCAGGAGGUGUUUACCUUCAAGACAGUUGUACAGGCGACUCCGGCGGCCCAUUAAUGCGUCUAAGUAAUCAAAGUAACGCUUGGAUUUUAGAAGGAAUUGUUUCUUAUGGUCAUAAAUGUGGUUUGGAAUAUCCAGGAAUUUAUACACAUGUCGAUAGCUAUUUGCAGUGGAUUGUGAAAAAUCUAAAGAAUUAAAAUAAAUUAAAUACUGUUGUGUUUUGACUGUGAUAUGUUGAUAAGAUUAAGUUUAAAACUAAUUAUUUUUAUGUAAUUCUAAAAUUUCACUAUUAAAUACGUACGUAUAUAUACAAAUUCUUGUCCAUGUUCAUAUUUAUAAUAUGAAUAAUAUAUUUAUAAU